AUUGGGUGGGGACCUAUACGUGUCUUAAUUUUAGUUUGUUUCCACAUUUUCGUGUUAAUUUAAGUAUUACAAUAAGUGCCAUGUUGAAAAUCAGCAGUAAUUUAAUGAUGUGUGUAUUAUUAAGUUUGGUGCUCGUCGCUUCAUCGGAGGCAUUUUUCCUGAAAUGGGGCUCCGAUACCGGAAACCAACAAACACAAAAGUGGGUUCAAUCAAUACCGCAAAACGUAUCGCCAUACCGCUACCAAUACGUGUACCCCUACGAGUCCAGAAAGAUGUAUCAAAUGCCCCAACAACAGUACAUGCAACCCGAAGUACAGAUGCAGCAAAACUUAUCACCAAUUCCAAUAAGCAUACCAGCUGGUGCAAGCCUAACACCAGUUUCACUUCAACAUGUACAACUAGUGCCAUGCAUGUGCCCCGUAGCUCCUGAAGAAGCAGAAAAGCUGCAGGAACAAGUUGGCCCGGGACCUUAUGUGGCACAAACAUAUCCACAGAACUAUCCUAUAGCUCAACAAGUAACCGUCACAGAUAAUUCAAAGUCCGUUAAGCAAUAAACAUUUACCAACCACCGCUUACUUCAUUAUAAUAAUUUAUUUCUAUAUUUAUAAUUAUGUAUAAGACUGAUAGAAUUACGAUGUAUUAUGUGUGGUCAAUAAAUGAGUUUUUGAGAA